AAAUUUACAAGCAGCGUGCAUUUGUUACCCUGGCCGGUCUGCUGCAGUUCUUUAUUCUGCUCCAGACCCAAGAAAGUAAAUCAGAGGUGUCAGCUUGCCCCACACGAACUUCGUUUUCAGAAACUUCCUAGUCGGCAUUUGUAGCAUUCCAGUGGAGCCCUUUUCGGCCAUUUCCAUGUGCAAUAUUUUUCACAGACUGGGCUGCUUUUCCAGACCUGGAUUUCUCCUCCUUCUCCCCCCAAAUACUGUAAUUUACUAUUUGUAUCAAAUUUUGAACAUAGAAAUCAGCAGUUAGGGCGUGGAUGAAUGCUAGCCAUUAGUGAAGGUAUGUUCUGAGCCACAAUUAAUUUAACUGAGCUGUGAUUCAUGUUUUCAGAAUCGGUCUUAGGAAGCUGUUCUGAGGAUCUCCAUCCCCUCCGACAGAACUGACCAUUGUGUAAAUCUAAGUGAGACUUAUUGUAAAUACAGUAGUCAUGGUGUUUGGGUUGAAAUGCUUUUUAAAUUUUCAAAAAAAUCUUACAUUUACUUUAUGAGCAAGUGUCACACAUUGGAUAAGCCUGAUAUAGCCUAAUAUAUAAUUUAUGAAAUAAGAAGGAUAGUUAAGAUGAGAAUUAAAAAAAAAAAGUGUGUGUGUGAGAGAGAGAGAGAAAGAAAGAAAGAAAGAAAGAAAGAAAGAAAACAUGGUGUUAUCUGAACAUCUGGAUGUGCUUUGGAAAAAAAUCAGUCCUCUCAUUGUUUGGCCCUGUGCAGCCAAAUAUCCAAAGUGAUAUUGGUUGGUUUUUGUCUUUUCCUUUUCUUCCAAAUGUUCUGAUGUUGCACUUCUGUGUAAUAUCCUUUUUAUGUUACAUAAUGGCAUUCCAUUUCUGCCUUUAAUGCACUUAGAAGUAGAGCUAUGCAAUGCAGUGGUAAGAACAUGGACUCUGGGUCAGGCUUUCAGGACUGAAUCUAUGUGCUGCCUCUUAUACACCUUCUAAGCUUGCCUCCGGGUGAUUUGUUUAACUUGCAUGCACCCUAGUUCCUCAUCUGUAAAAUGGAAAUUAAAUGACAUGAUGUCUAUAAAGGACAUAAUAUAGGAUAUGCAAAGUAGUGAGGCCCCAGGAAUGGUUAGCUUCUCUGAUGGUGCUGAUGAUGGCAGUGGUGAUGACAAAAGUGACCAUGUACCCUGUGUUUGGCAACACCUCUGCUCUUGACACAUGGUUCCCUCUGACGGUUCAGUCCUCCAAGUUUUCCUCAUGUCCUCAAAUGCCAUCUUUCCAGGGCUUUGCUUUGUUCCUUCAAACACCUCUCUUUCUCUUUUUCUCAUUCUGUCUUUCAGUAUUUCUUCUUUGUGCUUCCUCUUUCCUUGCUGAGAGAAAGUGAGGCUUCAUUAAGCCACAGACCUCAUAGUUUUCAUUUCCAGUUCCUGAGAAACAUGAUUCUAAAUCCUUUUUAAUUUCAGUAUUUUCCAAAAACUGUUCUGAAAAACAUAGUCCCAUGGGAAACUCUGUGAACUAUUACACUCUUAGAGACCUCAGGGCAUAAUAGCAUUUUAAAGAUCUCUAGAAGUCCAGUAGUAGAGAAAUCCUCUUAAGGUUGUUUAACACAAUGAUUUCCAAACAGUUGAUCCCUCAACCACUUUACCGCAUAACAUAAAUUAACGUUUCUAGGAGCACACUCUGAGAUGUGCUAUUCUGGCCACACUACUGUUUUCAUUUUGGUUCUUCUUAUGGACAUCCUAUUUCAUACCUUCCCUGGAGCUUAUCCAAGGGGAUAUUUUGUUUUUCCUUCCCAAGUUAAGGACAUCAGAUUAUCAUGUGUGUUGUACUGGUAUAUAGAAAAUCUGGCCUAAAGUGGAGAUCAGAGGUCAGCAAACUGACCUGCAACAGGCCUGAUGAUAAGCCAUAGGGUUUCUGUGUCAACUAUUCGACUCUGCUGUUAUAGUAUUAAAACAGCCAUAGAGAAAACAAAAAAUAAGCAUGGCUAUGUUCUAAUAAAACUUCAUUUACAAAAACUAGUGUCAGCCAGGAUUUGACCCGAGGUCAUCGUUUGCUGAUCCCUGAUUUAAAGGCCUUUAGUGAAAGGAUUUCUCAUGCCAGCCCAGGAGAAAGCAAGACAAAUUCUUUAUAAACUGAAGACUUUCUUGUCCUGCUCCCCUAGUGCUAUGGUCUGAAUGUUUGUGUCCCCCUCAAAAUUAGUAUGUCUAACCCCAAGGUGAUGAUAUUAGGAAGUGGGGCCUUUUGGGAGGUGGUUAGGUCAUGAGGCGCAUCAUCAAUGGGAAUAGUGCCCUUAUAAAAUAGGCCUAAUGGCCGGUCACAGUGGCUCAAGCCUGUAAUUCCAGCAUUUUGGGAGGCUGAGGUGGGCGGAUAACAGGGUCAAGAGAUCGAGACCAUCCUGGCCAACAUGGUGAAAUCCCAUCUCUACUAAAAAUACAAAAAUUAGCUGGGCAUUGUGGCAUGUACCUGUAGUCCCAACUACUUGAGAGGCUGAGGUAGGAGUGAACUGAGAUCAUGCCAUUGCACUCUAAUCUGGUGACAGAGUAAGACUCUGUCUCAAAAAAAGAAAAAAAAAUAGGCCUAAGAGAGCUGGUUCACCCCUCCCACCAUGCAGGACACAGCUAGAACAUGCUAUCUGUAAACCAGAAAGUAGGCCCUUAGCAGUCACUGAAUCUGCUAGCACCUUGAUCUUGGGCUUCCCAGCUUCCAGAACUAUAAGAAAUAAAGUUUUGUUGUUUAGAAACCAGUCAGUUUGGGCAGGCAUGAUGGCUCAUGGCUGUAAUCACAGCACUUUGGGAGGCUAAGGUGGGAGGAUCUCUUGAGGCCAGGAGCUCAAAACCAGACUAGCCAACAUAGCAAGACUGUCUCUACAAAGAAAUUUUGUAAUUAGCUGGACUUGACGGUGGUGUGUGCCUGUAGUCCCAGCUACUUGGGAGAACGAGGUGAGAGGAUUGCUUGAGCCCAGGAAUUUGAGGCUGUCUGGAUGAUAGUAAGACCUUGUGGGCGGUGGGGGGGAGCCACCCAGUUAAUGGUAUUUUGUUGCAGCUGAGUGAAUGGAGUAAGACACCUGUUCUAUGUAUCUUGGUGGAUCUUGAGUAAACCUUUCAUGUACAGCAAAAAGUUAAAAGGCAAGAGAUACUUUGUUAGAGGCUAGACUCCUGGGUCCUGAUUUUGUCCUUUCUCUUUGCUUCAGUGAACCCUUACUCUUGUCCUCUGUUAAAUAUGUUCUAUGCAUUUGAGAACUUCAAGGUGAAAGUCUUGCGAGUAAACUCACAGAGAUAUGUCAGUUGCUUGACAUUGUGAGCAGCUUUAGCAAUGGAAGUGGUUGGCUGUAGUAACUAUCAAGGUGGUUAAGAAUGAACUCUUGGGAGGCUGAGGCGGGCGAAUCACGAGGUCAAGAGAUAGAGACCAUCCUGGCCAACAUGGUGAAACCCCGUCUCUACUAAAAAAAUACAAAAAUUAGCUGGGCAUGGUGGCUCAUGCCUGUAGUUCCAGCUACUCUGGAGGCUGAGGCAGGAGAAUUGCUUGAACCCGGGAGGCAGAGGUUGCAGUGAGCCAAGAUCGUGCCACUGCACUCCAGCCUGGAGCCUGGUGACAGAGCAAGACUCUGUCUCAAAAAAAAAAAGAAUGUGAACUCAGAGCCAGACUGCCUGCAUGUGAAUCUUAGCUCUGACACUCAUUACUUGUGUGACCCUUGGCAGCUCUCUUAAUUCUCUGAGCCUCAGUUUUCUCACCUGUGUAUUGGAAUAAUACCCUUAAGGAGUUGUGAUAAUCAGUGAAUUAAUAUUUAUAAAAGUCUGAGAACAAUGCCUGGCACAUAGAAUUGCUACAUAAGUGUUAAAAUAAUACUAAGUAAUACUUAUGUAGCAAUUUGCUUUGUAAUAUGCAGAACGAUCCCAUUUUACAGAUAGGAUUUUGUAAGUCACCCACAAUUACAUAGCUAAUAAAUGUGGCAGCACUAGGAUUCACAGUCAGCUCUGUCUGAGGAUAAAGCCCAUAUUUCCACUAACAUACACAGCUCUCAUAUUUAAGUCAUUCAACAGUACUUUUAGGAACCCCCCUUUUUAUCUUCCCUUUUGAUUCGCAGAUCAUUUCCUAUUACUCCUACCUGUACUUAUGGCAGACAUGACUAAUCAAUCACAGCACUCUUUUUUCUUUCUUUCUUUUUGUUUUGUUUUUUUUUUUUACUGGCUUUAGAUUUCUUUUCAAUCUAGCAAUCCCAAUAGGCCAUACCUGCUAAUUAGAGCUACCAUGUAAAAUGAAACAUAGAGGCUCUGAUUUUUGGAGUAUUUUUCUGAAGAGCCUUUCCCACUUUGCCUUUUGUUCCAAGGCAGAGCUAAUCCCCUUAGCCACUGAGAGGUCUCAAAACAUUCUUUCCAGGUUUGGCCACAUGCCUAAACUCUUUGGCAUUUGGUAAAACAGCUCCCCUUGCAAAGUCUUCAGGGACUUAUUUUUAAACUUACAGGCCUCUUCUCAUGCCCAGAACAACUCUCUGAGCUCUCCUUUUCUUCCUACUCACAGGUCCUAGAGCCUCAACCUUUCUUUCCUCCUCUCUUUGAAGAUGCCACUGCCUGCUCUGUGGUGGCUCCCAGCUCCACCUCUCUGUCUGUCCUGAAGACAGGCUUGCAGGCAAUUUCAUGUUAAAGGUUUAGCUAUUGAUUACCACAGAGAAACCACACACGGAAGUCACUCAGGCUAGGAAAGCUCACAGAGGUGCAGGAGGCACAGUUCUGGGCCUCCUUUUUGUGAUGGUAGCAGGUAGGCUGAGAAGACAACCAGAGCCCUCUGCUUUUAUUCCUGGAAUGGGACUGUGAACAUUUCCCCUCCUUCUGGCUGACCCCUUUAUUCCUGGGACUGAAGAGCAGAGCAAUAAGAGCCUCUUCCCUUUUCUUUCUCUCUCCUGAUUCUCAUUGGUUCAACAAACAUUUAUUGAGUUCCUCCCUUGGGGCAGGAUAGGCAGAUGGAGGUGAGGAAGCCACAGUCCCUGUCCUUGAUGGUCUGUCUGGUGGUUUAGUGGAGGAGACAGGCACACCACAGUAUUAGACUACAGUAUUAGACUACAGUCUGGUUAGGCUGGGUGUGGUGGCUCAUGCUCCCAGUAUUUGGGAGGACGAGGAAGCGGAUCACUUGAGGUCAGGAGUUUGAGAUCAGCCAGGCCAACAUGGUGAAACUCCUGUCUCUACCAAAAAUACAAAAAAAUAGCCAGGCGUGGUGACCCAUGCCUAUAGUCCCAGCUACUUGGGAGGCUAAGGCACAAGAAUUGCUUGAACCUGGGAGGUAGAAGUUGCCAGUGAGCCAAGACCAUGCCACCGCACUCCAGCUCGGGUGACAGAGCAAGACUCCAUUUCAGAAAAAACGAACAAACAAAAACUCUGGUGAGUGCAGGGAUAGGAAUGGAGACCACGGGAGCACCCAGGCAGGGCAAUCAGAUGAGGCCUCCUGGAGGAGGCAGAAGGAACUUAACCUUCUGUAGCAGUUUCCAGUGAAAGGCUUUAGUCAAGAAAGGAACACUCAGAGUUGAAUUUUAAUCAUUCAAUACAAUUCUACAUGACAACUGGCUUGUAUUAUUUAAAAAAAAAUUAAUAUCAUCAAAAAAAGGCAGUGGGCAUGGAGUGGGGCUGAUCAGGAGUAAAAAAAAAAAACUAAAAAAUCUAUAAAAGACAAUAUUUGAAUAAUGGAGUAAACUUGAAUAUGGACUGCUUACUGGAUGUUAUUGUGAUUUUUCUUAGGUGUAAUAGUGGCAUUGAGGAUAUAUAGGAGAACGUCGUUCUUUUAAAGAUAGAUAUGCUAGGCCAGGCGCUGUGGCUCAAUGCCUGUAAUCCCAACACUUUGGGAACCCAAGGCAGGCGAAUCACGAGGUCAGGAGAUCGCAACCAUCCUGACCAACAUGGUGAAACCCCAUCUCUACUAAAAUACAAAAACUUAGCUGGGUGUGGCAUGCACCAAUAGUCCCAGCUACUUGGGAGGUUGAGGCAGGGGAAUUGCUUGAACCCAGGAGGUGGAGGUUGCAGUGAGCCAAGAUUACAUCACUGCACUCCAGCCUGGCAACAGAGAGAGACUCUGUCUCAAAAAAUAAUAAUAAUAAAAGAAAAUAAAGAUAAGAAUGCUGAAAUAUUUAGGGGAGAAGUGUCAUGAUAUCUACAACUUCCAAAAAUAUAUAUGUACAUAUGAAGUUCAAUUAAGCAAAUAUGUCAACGUGUUAGCAACUGGUGGAUCUGGUGAAAGGUAUAUGGUUAUUCAUUCUUCCAACUUUUCAGCUAACUUGAAAUGUUUCAAGCAAAAAAAAAAAAAAAAAAGGUAAAAGGAAAUCAAACCAAAAAUGAAGGCUACUUAAGCUGCGUAUGUGUUUAAAAUGAACUUGAUAUGAUUAUCAAACAACAGAAUAGUCACUAUGGCCAUUAGGCCAGUGAUGGAUUGAGGAAGGGGAGAGUACAGAAAUUCUAAAGGCAGGAAGGAAGGCCAGGUGGGAGGUUGUUGCAGAGGUGUAAUUAGUAGGACUCAGCGAUUGAAGGAGGAAUUAGGAGGGAGAAGUUGAAGAGGAAUCUGAGAACCCCGGAGAAGGAGUUUCUGUAGAGGAGUUGCUGACUUCAGUUGUGAAUGUGGGGGGUUUGAGAUACUUGUGCACCAUCCUGAGGACAGGGUUGUAUAUUCAUCUCUUCAGUCCAUAAAUGUUUUCUGAGGGCUUAUAUUGCCAGGCACUUGUCUGGAUGCUUGCUAUAUGGCAAUGAAUGAAACAGAAUUCCUUGCCUUCGUGGGGCAUAUAAUCUAUCAUUUAGAGGGCAGACAGUAAACUGGUGAUGAGGAAGCAGUCUGUUGGAAGAUGGUAAUUGCUGAGGGGGUGGAAUUUGUGCAUUGUUGGGGUUAGGGGCUUUUGACUAAGAGACUGAGGGAUGUGAGCCAUGUAGAUAUCUGGGAAGAGCAUUCCAGGUAGCAGGAAUAUCACGUGGCAAGGCUCUGAGGCAGGAGGCUGUCUGGCAAGAAGGCCAGCAUGAUCUGUGAGACCUUAUGGAAGGGGAUGCUAUAAUGACUUUGGUUUUUCCUCUGAGAGAGACAGGAAGGCCUUGGAAGGUUUUGAACAGAGCACAGCACAAUGUGACUCAUAUUUUCACAGGCUCACUCUGGCUGCUUUGUUGAAAAUCAACUGAAGGGAGACAAAGGCAGAAUAAUAUAGUCAAAGGCUAAUGUGCCAGGGUAGAGCCACAGAAGGUGGUAAAAAUUCUGGAUCUAUUUUGAAAGAAGAACUGACAAGAUUUGCUAUCAGUCCACAUGGGAAUGAGAAACACAGAGGGGUCAAGGAAACACCAAGCUGAUUUUUUGUGGAGCAGUUUAAAAAAUGGAGUCAUGGCCAGAUGCAGUGGCUCACACCUGUAAUCCUAGAACUGUGGAAGGCCAAGGCAGGCAGAUCACCUGAGGUCAGGAGUUCAAAAUCAGCCUGGCCAAUAUGGCAAAAUCUGUCUCUAUUAAAAAUACAAAAAUUGGCCAGGCGCAGUGUCUCACACCUGUAAUCCCAGCAGUUUGGGAGGCCAAGGCAGGAGGAUCAUGAGGUCAGGAGUUCAAGACCAUCCUGGCCAACAUGAUGAAACCCUGUCUCUACUAAAAAUAAAAAAAAAUAGUUGGGUAUGGUGGCACACGCCUGUAGUCCCAGCUACUUGGGAGGCUGAGGCAGGAGAAUCGCUUGAAUCCGGGAGGCAUUCAGUGAGCUGAGAUCAUGCUAUUGCACUCCAACUUGGUGACAGAGCAAGACUCAGUUUCAAAAAAAAAAAAAAGAAAGAAAGAAAUACAAAAAUUAGCUAAUUAGGCAGGUGUGGUGUGAGCGCCUGUAAUCCCAGCUACUCAGGAGGCUGAGGCAGGAGACUUGCUUGAAUUCAGGAGGUGGAGGUUGCAGUGAGCCAAGAUUGUACCACUGCACUCCAGCUUGAGUGACAGAGCAAAAGUCUGUCUCAAAAAUAAAAAUAAAAACAAAAUGGAGUCAGCAUGAACUAAUUUGGGGGAAGAUUAUGGGAAGGGCAUGUUUGGGGGGAAAUAUCUGAGGUUCAGUUUUGGACAUGUGGCUGCCUUUAAGUGGAGAUGCCAAGUGGCAUCUGGAGUCUGGAAUCCAUGUGAGAGGUCUGGCCUGGAGACAGAAAUUUGGGAGUUGUCAGCAUAUAAAUGAUAUUUAAAGCCAGGAGACAGGAUGAAGUCUCCUAAGGAGGGAGUUCAGAGAAAGAAGAGAAGAAAUAGAGGACUGGGUGCUAAGGUGUUCCAACAUUUAGAUGUUCAGGAGGAAAGAACAAUCAGUGAUAGAGACUGAGAAUGAGCAGUCAGAAAGGUGGAGGAAAAGCAGGUGAGCAGAGUCCCUGGGGCCACGAACAGGAAGCGUGUAAAGGAGGAGAAAGCGGGCAGGUAGUCUGCACCUCCCAUGCACCCUGCCUCGGUCCUAGUGAGGAGCGAGUCCCGUGGUGCAGUUCUCUGCAUGCUGGAAUCUUGUUAGCCAGAAUAUGUUUUCCCAGACUCUGCCACACACAUUCCGGUUUCUCUUGGCUCCAGAUCUCUAUCUUUUACUCUAACCCAAGCUUGUCCAACCUGUGGCCCACAGGCCGCAUGUGGUCCUAGACAGCUGUGGAUAUAGUCCAAUAUAAAUUUGUCAACUUUCUUAAAACAUUAAGAGAUUUGUGUGUGUGUGAUUUUUUUUUGUUGUUGUUUAGCUCAUCAGUUAUGGUUCGUGUUAGUGUAUUUUAUGUGUGGCUCAAGAUAAUUCUUCUUCUAAUAUGGUCCAGGGAAGCCAGAAGAUCGGACACCCUGCUCUGCAUGUUCUUAAGCUGUCCGGCAUCACUUCCUUGGUUCUCCAGUUCUCCAUCACUGACUUCCUGUCAGUUUUCUACCUCUUUACAACUCUGAUCCCUCUCUCAAUUCCCCACAAUCAGCUUAUCCCCAGGACUUCAGUUCUGCAAACAUUUCUUGAGCACCUAUUUAAUCUACUGGAAUGUCUUUGACUUCAAAUACCAGAAACAUCAAUUUACAGCAGCUUAAACACUGGGUUGAUUUUUCUCACAUAAGAAGUUUGGAGGAGGUAUGUCAAUAUUCAGCAGUUCAGUGACGUAAGAGCUGACCAUUCUGUCUAGCUCUUGACUUCUCCUUCAUGGUCUCAAGCGGCUGCCCAGCUCCAGCCUUUAUGGCCCCAUCCAAGGCAGGAGGAAGGGGGAGUUGACACUUCAUCCAGAAAGAAAAAGCUUUCUCAGAUGUUCCCAUAGACUUCUUCUUAAGUCUCUGAGCAUCAGAUCUAUAUUAUGUGGCUACUACUGGCAAAGAAGGCUGGUGAAAUCUUUAUUUGGAUGUUCCUGUCUCUCUUAUGGAAAAUAGGCAAAGGAAAAAAGGAUGGGAAGAGCUGUUGGAUCAGCCAGCUAUCAAGUCUGCCACACUACCAAGUGCCAAAUGCUUGCCAAGAAUUGGAAAUACAGAAAUGAUUAAUGUAGUACCCAUCCUGUCCCUGGAGCUUGCAUUCUAGUAAGGAAGCAUAAGAAUGAAUGGAGCCGGGCGCGGUGGCUCACGCCUGUAAUCCCAGCACUUUGGGAGGCUGAGGUGGGUGGAUCAUGAGGUCAAGAGAUUGAGACCAUCCUGGUCAACAUGGUGAAACCCCGUCUCUACUAAAAAUACAAAAAAAUUAGCUGGGCAUGGUGGCACGUGCCUGUAAUCCCAGCUACUCAGGAGGCUGAGGCAGGAGAAUUGCCUGAAUCCAGGAGGCUGAGGUUGCGGCCGAGAUUGCGCCAUUGCACUCCAGCCUGGGUAACAAGAGCGAAACUCCAUCUCAAAAAAAAAGAAUGGAGUAGCUUGGCUUGGUUUGGUGGAGACCAGGAGCCUUUCCUGACCCCCAUGAUCUAGGUCAGGUGCCCCUCCUUGGUGCUAAAACAAUAUCCUAUGCUUACAUUUACCAAGGCUUCUAAGCAUACUGCAUUGCCAUUGUAUAUUUACUGGUGUCUCCCUCUCCCUUCCCCCAAUGUGGACUAACUGGGGACUUAUCUUUGAAUCUCUAGUGCCUGGGUGUCUGGUAUAUUUGUAAAGGUUGAGUAAAUGUUUGUUGAAUGAAUAAAUGAAAUGCCAAGGGAGUUACCCUAAUUACCUUCUUGUCCUCGUUUGGGCCCUUAUUCCCUUUUAGCUUUUUUUUUUUUUUUGAGAAAGGCUCUCACUCUGUGACCCAGGCUGGAGGGCAGUGGUGCAAUCUCAGUUCACUGCAACCUUCACGUCCCAGGUUCAAGCGAUUCUCCUGUCUCAACCUCCCGAGAGCAAGGAUUACAGGUGUGUGCUACCACACCCAGCUAGUUUUUGUAUUUUUAGUAGAAAUGGUGUUUCACUAUUUUGGCUAGGCUGGUCUCGAAUUCCUGACCUCAAGUGAUCUGCCCACCAAGGCUUCCCAAAGUGCUGGGAUUAUAGGUAUGAGCCACUGCGUCCGGCCCCUUCUUACCUUUUUUAGCUAGUUAACUCAUAUUUACAUUCUAAUAGCAAAAUCUCUAACACCUUGCCAGAAAACAAUGCCGAUUCCCCAAUCAAUUUUUUAAUGUUAAAAAAUAUAUUUAUUCUCAUAUUCAGUAGAACACUGAACUUACAAAUUUAUGGCCAGUAAAGUUGUAUAUUUCAGCAUCUGAAAAGCUAAAAGUAACUUAUACACUCCAGUCUCAUAGUACUUAGAAAAUGGGAUGCUUAAUUUUUCGAUUUUUUUUUUUUUGAGACGGAGUUUCGCUCUUGUUACCCAGGCUGGAGUGCAAUGGCACGAUCUCGGCUCACCGCAACCUCCGCCUCCUGGGUUCAGGCAAUUCUCCUGCCUCAGCCUCCUGAGUAGCUGGGAUUACAGGCACACGCCACCAUGCCCAGCUAAUUUUUUGUAUUUUUAGUAGAGACGGGGUUUCACCAUGUUGACCAGGAUGGUCUCGAUCUCUUGACCUCAUGAUCCACCCGCCUUGGCCUCCCAAAGUGUUGGGAUUACAGGUGUGAGCCCCCGCGCCCAGCCCAAUUUGUUGUUUUUUAUUUCAAAGAGAUGUAUAGUUAAUCUGACUCAUUUGAAUAACAGUGAGUGAACUGCAGAUACUGUUAUCAAAGAUAGCAAUUCUACAGGAAUAAAUAAUUUUUAAGGAAGUAACCAUGUUCUUAUAAUAUUGUCUAAAUAAUUAAAAUGACAUAAAAUGACAAGAACAUUUUAUGAAAUAUUAGUUCUUAAAAUAAGUGGGGGUCUUUUUGGUUUGUUUUCUUUGGCUUUAUUGAGGUAUAAUUGACAAAUAAAAAAAUGUUAUAUUCAGCCAACCUUGGUGGCUUAUGCCUAUAAUCUCAGUGCUUGGGAGACCGAGGUGGGAGGCUACAUAGAGCCCAGGAGUUCAAGGUUACAAAGAGCUGUGAUUGCACUUGCACUCCAGCCUGGGUGACAAUCCUGUCUCUGAAAAAAAAAUGCAUAUAUAUAUAUAUAUAUAUGUAUGUAUAUAUACACAUACACACUCACAUACACACACAUAUACAUAUUCAAAGAGUACAAUGUUUUAAUAUACACAUUGUGAAAUGAUUGCACAAUCAAGCUGAUUAACAAAUCCAUCACCCUCAUAGUUAGCUUUUGUGUAUGUGUGGUGAGAACCCUGAAGAUCUACUCUCAUAGCAGAUUACAAGUAUACAAUACAUUAUUAGUAAUAAUAGUCAAUGCUGUGCAUCAGGUCUCCAGAACUUGCUCAUCUUAUAACUACAAGCUUAUACCCUUUGAUCAAUGCUUCCCUAUUUCCCCACCUCCCUGUCCCUGGUAACCAUCCUCUCCUCUCUGUUUAUGUAAGUUCAACUUGGUAGAUUUCUCAUGUAAGUGAAAUCAUGCAGUAUUUAUUUUUCUUUGCCUGGUUUAUUUCACUUGGCAUGAUGUCUUCCAGGUUCACCCAUAUUGUCACAAAUGGCAUGAAUUUCUUCUUUUCCAAGGUGAAAUAAUAUUUUAUUUUGUGUGUAUAUAUGUCUACACACACACAUACUCAUAUAUAUAUACCACGUUUCUUUAUCCACUUAUCCACUGAUGGACACAGACUAAUUCCAUAUCUUCACUAUUCUGAAUAGUGCUGCAGGCUGGGUGUGGUGGCUCAUGCCUGUAAUUCCAGCACCUUGGGAGGCCAAGGCAGGCCGAUCACCUGAGAUCAGGAGUUCAAGACCAGCCUGGCCAACAUGGUGAAACCCCGUCUCUACUAAAAAUAUACAAAAAUUAGCUGGGCGUGGUGGCAUGCCUCUGUAAUUCCAGCUACUCAGGAGGCUGAGGCUGGAGAAUCACUUGAACCCAAGAGGCAAAGGUUGCAGUGAAUGGAGAUCACACCACUGCAUUCCAGCAUGGGCGAUGACAGAGCAAGACUCCAUCUCAAAAAUAAUAAUAAAAUAAAAUAAAAAUAAAUAGUGCUGCAAUUAACAUGGGAGUGCAGCUAUACCUUUGAUACUGAUUUUCUUUCCUUUGGAUAUACACCCCAAAGUAGGAUAGCUGCAUCGUAUGGUAGUUCUACUUUUAAUUUUUUGACAGACCUCCAUAUUGUUUUCCAUAAUGGCUAUACUAAUUUACAUUCCCACUAGCAAUGUACAAGGGUUCCCUUUUCUCUACAUCCUCACCAAUACUUGUUAUUUUUUGACUUUUUGUUGUGAAGUGAUAUCCCAUUGUGGUUUUGAUUGAAUUUCCUUGAUUAUUAGUGAUAUUAAGUAUCUGUUUUUUGUUUUUUUUUUGAGACAGAGUUUUGCCCUUGUUACCCAGGCUGGAGUGCAAUGACAUGGUCUCUACUCACCGCAACCUCUGCCUUCUGGGUUCAGGCAAUUCUCCUGCCUCAGCCUCUUGAGUAGCUGGGAUUACAGGCACGCGCCACCAUGCCCAGCUAAUUUUUGUAUUUUUAGUAGAGACAGGGUUUCACCAUGUUGACCAGGAUGGUCUCGAUCUCUUGACCUUAUGAACCACCCGCCUCGGCCUCCCGAAGUGCUGGGAUUACAGGCAUGAGCCACCGCGCCCGACCAAGUAUCUUUUCAUAUACCUGUUGGCCAUUCCUAUGCCUUCCUUUGAGAAAUGUCUGUUCUAAUUCUUUGCCCAUUUUUAAGUCAGGUUUUUUUUUGCUAUUGAGUUGUAUGAGUUCUUUAUAUAUUUUGGAUAUUAACUUCUUAUCAGAUAUAUGGUUAGUAAACAAUAGCUCCCAUUCCACAGGUUGUGUUUUCUUUUUAUUGAUUGCUCCUUUGCAGUGCAGAAACCUUUUAGUUUGAUGUAGUCCCACUUGUUUUUUUACUUUUGUCAACUGUGCUUUUGGUGUCAUAUUCAAAAAAUCAUUGCCAAGACCAAUGCCAUGGAGCUUUCCCUGUUUUCUUCUAGUUUUACAGUUUCACAUCUUAAAUACUUAAUUAUUAUCCAAUUAAUAGUUAAUAAAAUUAAUAUUUACAUAUGUAAUUCAUUUUGAGUUUGUUUUGUGUAUGAUGUAAGAUAUAGAUCCAAUUGUGGAUCAUGCCUGUAAUCCCAGCACUUUGGGAGGCCGAGGUGGACAGAUCACGAGGUCAAGAGAUCAAAACCAUCCUGGCCAACAUGAUGAAACCCCAUCUCUACUAAAAAUACAAAAAAUAGCUGGGUUUUGUGGCACAUGCCUAUAGUCCCAGCUAUUCGGGAGGCUGAGGCAGGGGAAUCGCUUUAACCUGGGAGGCAGAGGUUGCAGUGAGCCGAGAUCACACCACUGCACUCCAGCCUAGCAACAGAGCGAGACUCCAUCUAAAAAAAAAUCCAAUUUCAUUUUUUUGUUAAUAUCCAGUUUUCCUGACACCACUUUUUGAAGAGACUAUCCUCUCCCCAUGUCUAUUCUUGAUUCCAUCGGUCUAUGUGUCUAUUUUUAUGUCAGUACCAUACUUUUUGGAUUACUAUAGAUUUGUAAAUAUUAUUUAAAAUUAGGAAAUGUGAUGCCUUCAGUUUGUUCUUGGUCAAAAUUGCUUUAUUUAUUUGGGAGCUUUUGUGAUUCUAUAUGCAUUUUAAGAUUUUUUUUCUAUUAUUAUGAAAAAUGCCAUUGGAAUUUUGAUAGGGACUACACUGAAUCUGUAGAUUGCUUUGGGUGUUAUGGAUAUUUUGACAACGUUGAUUCUUUCAACUCCCAUCACCUUUUUGAGGGCAUAAUUAUAUAAAGUUCUAGAAUGUUACAUCUAAUAGAAUUGUCUGCUUCAGUCGUAAUGAUGAGGAAACUGAGACAGAGAGAGAUGGAGUGAUUUCUCUAGGAUCACACAAUCUUCAUGGCUUGUAUAAGUGGCGUUCCAACUGUUUGCCAAGUACUACUAUAAGUACUUAAUGCAUGUAAAUGCAUUACUGCAUUUAAACCUCAUAAAGCCUUAUAAUAUUACUUCAUUUCUUCAAAUUUUUAUUUAGAAAGAAUUUUAAUUUAUAGAAAAGUUGCAAGAAAAGUAUGAUGCUCAACCAAUUUUGCCACAUUAGUGCAUCUCAGUACCUCUCACUCUCUUUCUACACACAGACACCCCUGAACCUCUUGACCUUUCACACCUAAAUUAAUGUAUGUGUCUCCUACCAUCAAUGAUGUACUCCUACGUAACCAUACCACAUUCAUUCACUCAGGAAAUUUAAUAUUAAUGCCAUAAUAUUUCCCCAAUAUCCCAAAAGUAAACUUUGUAGCUGUUUUUAAACAGUUGGUCCAGGAUGCAGUCAAGGUUCACACUUUUCAUUUCAUUUUUAAGCCUCUAAAGAGUUCCAAAUGUGUGUUUUUCUGUUGUUGUUGUUGUUGUUGUUCAUGACGUUGACAUGUUUGAAGAGACUAGGGCAGUUUGUCUCCAGAAUGAUCCAUGAUUUGGAUUUGACUGUGACCUUAUCCAUGAUAGAAUCAGGUUAAAUAUCACUGGCAGGAGCACAUUGCUGUUUAUCACAUUUCAAGGCGCAGGAUUUCAAUUUGUUUCAUUUUGUUGAUCUUAAGUGUGAUUUCUUCGAGAUUGUGAAAUUUCUAUACCCCAACAACCUUUUACCCUAUCCUUUUAGCAUGCACUGAGGAUUUUCCCCUGAAUUACUUAUUAACAUGUUGGUUGUAAAAUGGUGUUACAGGCAUUUUAUAAGUGAGGAAUCUUAAGUUUCCAAGGGAAGGGGUUCUUAUACAUUGUGGAGCCAGGAUUUGAUCCCAGGCACAUCUGAUUCCAAGGCCCACAGUCUAAUAUACUAAUUUAUAUUAGAAAAGCAUUUCCACUUGAUUCCAGUGCCCUCGGUCAGAAACUGUGUCUUCUCCAUUUGUGAUUUUUUGUUUUUGAAACCCAAGAACUCCCACCAUCAGAGAUGAGAUGAAAUUGUAAGGAGGAAGAAGAGGAUGCAAUCCAGCUGUGCCAAAUCUUUAUGCAAUUACACACACACACACACACACACACACACACAUUUUUACAGCAAACUUUCUGUUGAAACAACAUGCUUCUCAAGGACUCCACUCUUUCCAUAUGGCUUAAGGUUUCCUACCACAGUCUGUUUCAGGUACUUAACCUUCUUGGCUCGCUACUGUGCCUUGCAAUUGACGUGCCUUUGUCAGCAUCCUAAAGCCACCUGUUUCAUCUUAAAGAAAUUUCAGAGUUGGCAACAUGCUGGACAGGGAAAGAUGAGCCCCCUGUUCAGAUGAGUCAGCACUUACCAUUUCUUGGCCUCUGGAGUGGUCUCAUAGUUAUAGUAGCCAAGCACUCAGGAAAAAUCCCACCAGCCUUGCCUAGGAGCUGUAUAAGCUUCAUCAACACAUGGUGAAAUCUGUUAUCUCGAGCCCAAUUCACCUGACCCCUGGUGUGGCCACAAAGGCCCUUUGAGAGCUCAGCACCUUGUGGUUAAAGGCCUUUGAAGUUAGCUCUAAGUUUUAAUGCCAGCCUCCUCAUUUACUAGCUGUAUGAUUUUGAGCAAGUUACUGAACCUCUCUGAGCUACAACGUCCUCAUUUGGAAAAUGGAGAUAGUAAUACAUCCUCUUGAAUGGUGUUAGAAUUAAAGGAGAUAAUGUACCUAAAUAGCCUGGAGUUGCAUGCAAAUUAUAUUUGCAACAAAUGGUAGUUAUGAUUAUUAUCUGACCACUUGCAAACAGCUCCCCAUAUUCACAUAUCAUUCUGGCCACAACAAAUACAUUUGUAAAGAUUUUGCUUGCAAGAAACUGAACCUCAUUUCAAAAGUUUAAGAAAAAUGUGUGAAUUUAUUGGCUUUCAUAAAUGGAAUGCUCAGGAAAUGGAUGGCCUUAGAGACUUAGAGCUUAGCUCCCCUCUGGUCUUCGCCCCAUUCUCUCCUGUGAUACCAGAUGGCAUCUUUCAUAGAGUGGGAGGAGGGGCCAUGUAGCCAAAGACCAUUCUAGGCUUCUAUCAUCCCCAAAAGUUAGAUGCAUGCAUAUCACCUAAAGUCCUAAAUGGGUAAAAAGUACUGGAAAUCCUAUCUCAGAAAAAUCCAAAGAAAUGUGCUGUUUUGACCCAAUUAUUUUCCAGGUGAAAAAGGGGCAGAGAAAAGUGUCACUGCCAAUGCAUUCAGAGCUCUUGGGUGUUCUGUCUAUAGCCCAGGAAAAUAAAGGAACAUUGUGGCUGGUUGUUUACAGUGAAUUAAAGACUUGAGUCAAAUCUCUGUUGAAGAGUUUCCUAGAUGACCAGCAGCAAAUUCUCAUAACACUUUGGUUCAUGAAACCAUGAGGCCCUAUGAUAUCCUUCCUUUCUCAAUGACCUCCUCGGGCUGUCUCUGCCAUGUCGUUGGUUUCUAAAGGUUAUUAUUCCUAGUUUGCUGUCUGCAGUUUCCCAUCAGAUGUCAAGUUCAGAAGUUCCUUUGAAGGACCAUAAUUAAGAAGGAUCAACUUAAUUUUAAAAUAAACUUUGAGGUUUCAAGACAAAUUGUUAUUUAUGGCGAAUUAACUUUUUUUGUGUGAGAUAAAGGAAGUCAGUUUCCAGCUUCUGGGUUGAUUGGCAAAAUGUCACAAACAAGUGAAUGAACAUAAAAAAUGUGACAAAAUUUAACUUUACAUUUUAGAUUAAAAUGACUGUUGUCAUCUAAAAUCCUUAUCUAAUAGUUAAAUUUUAUUUUUUCAUCAAACCUGCCCUAUCCUAUGCUUUGCUUAAUGCGUACCACUUCUCCUAAUGAAUGUCCAAGGUAUUGUAUUAAGCAUAUAGAUAGGUAAUUGUAAAUUGGGAAAAACAGGAAGUAAAGUCUUAACUGGUAAAUUUCAAGGCUAGAGGGAGGGUGUCUUAGCUUUCCUGAUUUCAGAGCAAAAAUAAAAUACUCCAGAAUAUAAUGCAAAGAUAAAAUUUGAGUUUGGGGAAAUGUUUGGUUGAAACUUUUUCAUUGUAAAUCAACCCUUUUCUUGCCUGCUUGGUACCUGAUUCUACUCUAAGAACAUUAUAGAUUUUUUUGUUUUUGAGACAAAAAAACAGUUUGUUCUGUUGCCCAAGCUGGAGUGCAGUGGCAUGAUCUCAGCUCACUGCAACCUCCUUCUCACAAGUUCAAGUGAUUCUCGUGCCUCAUUCUCCCAAGUAGCUGAGAUGACAGGCAUGCCCCACCACAUCUGGCUAAUUUUUAAAUUUUUAUCAGAGAUGAGGUUUCGCAGUGUUAGCCAGGCUGGUCUCAAAUUCCUGGCCUCAGCCUCUCAAAGUGCUGGGAUUACAAGUGUGAGCCAUCACACCAGGACACAUUAUUGAAUCUUUAUUUGAUGAUGUAGCUCACUUUUUAGUCACUGAUGACUAUUCAUAUCUAUAAUUCUUCCUGUAGAAAGUAUAGGAGAGAAUUAAAAACCUGUGCUGAUAACUUGCUUCCUUCUUUGGGAUACAUAUUAUCCUCUAGGUUCAAACUUUUUGCCAGAUUUCAAGUCCCCUUUGAAUACCCUGAAAUUCAAACAAAAUAAUAAAGAAAAAAAAUCAAUUCUGCAGAAGGAAAAACAAAUGGUCUCAAUAAAUGACCUCCUCAACAAAUGGUCUUGGAACAACUGGAAAACUGUAUGCUAAAAGAUGAAGUUUAAUCUACACUUCAUGAUAUAUACAAAAAUUAACUCUAAAUGUAAAAAUUAAGUCUAAAACUUUAAAAUUCUCAGAAGAAGGAUUGAGGAUCCAAGAUGGCCAAAUAGGAACAGCUCUGGAAUGCCACUCCCAGUGAGAACAAUGCAGAAGGUAAGUGAUCACUGCAUUUCCAAAUGAGUUAUUACUGCCCACAGGCCAGGAGAUUCCCAGGCUGAAGAGCACCACGAGUUUCCAGCACAGCUGUUUCAGCCAGUGUAGUGGGUCUCUGCACAAAAACUCACACAAAUCUGGGUGGCCAUUUCAACUGGCACCUGGAAUGGCUGGGAGACAGAGCUGCCCAUUCAACUGAAAAAGGGGACUGAAACAGGAAGCCAGGUGAUCUGGCUCAGUGGGUCCCACCCCGAAAAAGACCAGCAAUAUGAAAUGCUCUGGAUUGAGAGUUUCACAGCAAGCACAGCUAGAUCCUGGACGGUCCAGCUCUGUUGGGGGAAGGGUGUCUGAUAUUACUGAGGCAGUCUGCCAUUACUGAGGCAGUCUGUCAUUACUGAGGCAGUCCGCCAUUACCGAGGCAGUCCGCCAUUACUGAGGCAAUCUGCCAUUGUUGAGACAGACCACCAUUACUGAGGCAGUUCUAAUGAUACCUCUGUAAACAAAACCACAAGGAAGUUCACACAGCAGCUGGGCAGAGCCCAUGGCAGGUCAGCAAUGCCUCUGCUGGAAGACCGUGACUAGGCUACCUACUUGCUGGGCAGGGCAUCUCUGAAAAAAGGCAACAGCAUGUCAGGAACUUAUAAUUAAAGCCCCACAUUCCCAGGACAGAGCACAUGGGAAAAAAGGUGGUUAUGAGUUUUGCUGCAGCAGACUUAAACAUACCUGCCCAGCAGCUCUGAACAGAACAACGGAGCUCACUGUUCAGCAGUUGAGCUCCUAUAAGGGACAGACUGUCUCCUCAAGCAGCUCCCUGACUCCUGUAUAUCCAGAGAGACACCUCAUAAAGGAGAGUUCAGGCUGACAUCUGGCAGGUAUCCUUUUGGGAUGAAGAUAACAGAAGAAGAAACUGGCAGCAACCCUUAUUGUUCUGCAGCUGCUGCAGGUGAUCCCCAGGCAAGCAGGGUCUGAAGUGGACCUCCAGCAGUCCUACAGCAGAAGGGCCUGACAGUUAGAAGGAAAACUAAAAAACAGAAAGAAAUAACUUCAACAUCAACAAAAAGGAUGUCCAAUCAGAGACCCCCCCAUCUGAAAGUCACCAACUACAAAGACCACAGGUGGACAAAUCCUCAAAGAUGGGAAGAAAUCAGCAUGAAAAGGAUGAAAACACCCAAAACCAGAACUCCUCUCUUCCUCCAAUGGAUCACAACUCCUCACCAACAAGGGAAGAAAGAUGGAUGGAGAAUGAGUGUGAUGAAUUGACAGAAACAGGCUGCAGAAGGUGGGUAAUAAAAAACUUCUCUGAGCUAAAAGAACAUGUUCUAACCCAAUGCAAAGAAACUAAGAACCUUGAAAAAAAGUUUGACAAAAUGCUAAUGAGAAUAAACAGCUUAGAGAAAAAUAUAAAUGACUUGAUGGAGCUGAAAAACAAAACACAAGAACUUCACAAAGCAUACACAAGUAUCAAUAUCAAAUUGACCAAGCAGAAAAAAGGAUCGACCAAGCAGAUGAAAGGAUAUCAGAGACUGAAGAUGAACUCAAUGAAAUAAAAUGAGAAGGUGCUCUCUCCCUAAGCAGCCUGAGGUAAUCUGUGAAAAUGGUUCACUAUUCACUUGAUCCAGAGAACCCCACAAAGUCAUGCAAAUCAAGCGGUUCCAAUCUUUGUGUUCACUUUAACAACACACGUGAAACUGCCCAGGCCAUCAAGGGUAUGCAUAUACGAAAAGCCACGAAGUAUCUGAAAGAUGUCACUUUACAGAAACAGUGCAUACCAUUCCAAUGUUACAAUGAUGGAGUUGGCAGGUGUGCCCAGGCCAAGCAGCGGGUCUGGACACAAGGUCGGUGGCCCAAAAAGAGUGCUGAAUUUUUGCUGCACACGCUUAAAAAUGCAGAGAGUAAUGCUGAACUUAAGGGUUUAGAUGUAGAUUCUCUGGUCAUUAAGCAUAUCCAAGUGAACAAAGCACCCAAGAUGCACCACAGGACCUACAGAGCUCGUGGUCGAAUUAACCCAUACAUGAGUUCUCCCUGCCACACUGAGAUGAUCCUUACUGAAAAGGAACAGAUUGUUCCUAAACCAGAAGAGGAGGUUGCUCACAAGAAGAAGAUAUCCCAGAAGAAACUGAAGAAACAAAAGCUUAUGGCAUGGGAGUAAAUUCAGCCUUAAAAUAAAUGCAACUAAAAGGAAAAGAAAAAAAAAAUAAAUAAAAUGAGAAGGCAAGAUUAGACAAAAAACAAUGAAAAGAAAUGAACAAAGCCUCCAGAAAUAUGGGAUUAUGUGAAAAGACUUAAUCUACAUUUGAUAGGUGUACCUGAAUGUGAUGGAGAGAAUGAAUCCAAGGUGGAAAACACUCUUAAGGAUAUUAUCCAGGAGAACUUCCCCAAUGCAGCAAGGCAGGCCACCAUUCAAGUCCAGGAAAUACAGAGAACACCACAGAGAUAUUCCUCAAGAAGAGCAACCCCAAGCACAUAAUCAUCAGAUUCACUAGGGUUGAAAUGAAGGAAAAAUAUGCUAAGGGAAGCCAGAGAGAAAGGUCAGGUUACCCACAAAGGGGAGCCCAUCAGACUCACAACAGAUCUCUUGGCAGAAACCCUACAAGCCAGAAGAGAGUGGGGGCCAGUAUUCAGCAUCCUUAAAGAAAAGAACUUUCAACCUAGAAUUUCAUAUCCAGCCAAACAAAGCUUCAUAAGCAAAUGAGAAAUAAAAUUCUUUAUGAACAAGCAAUUGCUGAGAGAUUUCGUCACCACCAGGCCUGCCUUACAAGAGCUCCUGAAAGAAGCACUAACCAUAGAAAGUAACAACCAGUACCAUCCACUCCAAAAAUGUACCAAAUGGUAAAGACCACUGACACAAUGAAGAAAUUGUGUCAACUAAUGGGCAAAACAACCAGCAAGCAUCAAAAUGGCAGGAUGAAAUU